ACAUCUACCAUUAUACUAAAACGCUGCGUUUCGAUCUUUGAAAAUGGAAAAAUUGUAUGUGUGUGUAUGUAUGUAUGGGUAGUGGUCGACAACCUCAUUUCACUCCGACACGCACUGGUGUCAGUGUCACCGUCGAGGCGCAUUCUCAGGCAAUUUCCAACUUCUGAAUAACACACACAAGUCUCGUUGCUCCGAAUUGUUCAACUUGCGGAGUACGCACAAACGAACUGGUACGGGUAUUGCCUGCUGACUGAGUGGCUGGCAUUGUUCAUGCUUAUCAAGGGGAUUUUGAUCUCCUAGAGCUACCACACAAGCUCUAUUGAAUUUGUUGAAGAACUGUUGGAUACAAGAUGAAGAAAAAAUUGACACCGGAAGAAGGCUUAAGUAUAUUGAAUGAAGGAAUUGCAAAGGCCUUUAUGAUACUGGAUGGGUACCCCACCAGUGCAUUAUUCACUUGUGAAGAAUACAUGAAACUCUACGACUGUGUGUAUGAUAUGUGUGUUCAACAUCCUCCUUAUGAAUACUGUGCAAAGCUCUAUGACAUAUUCAAGAAAGCUUUGGAAGAUGGCAUUACUUCAAGGGUCAUCCCAGCUGUGAAAGAUAAAUCACAUAUCUUUCUGUUAUACGAGCUUUGGAACAUGUGGUCAAAAUACAAAAUCAUGGCAAAAUGUCUUGGAGGUUUCUUCUUGUACCUUGAUCGAUACUUUGUUGAAGAUCGAAAAGCAGCUUCUCUUAGUAAUCUCUCAAUUUCUUGCUUCCAUGAUCUGGUGUGCAUUGAAUUGUAUCCCAAGUUAUUAGAAGCUGCAAUUUGUCUAAUCAAUGAGGAUCGUGAUGGUAAAUCGGUUUGCAGGGAUUUGCUAAAACAUGUUUCAACUUUUUUUGUGGAAAUUGGGAGGGGGGAUAUGCGCUAUUAUGAGAACUUUGAGGGAGCAGUACUAUCAAGUACUGAAAAUUACUACAACUUCUUGGUUCCACAGUGGCUUCAGCAUUACUCAUCUGCUGAUUAUGUUUUGAAGGCUGAAUAUCGUUUGAGCCAGGAAAAAGAAAGAGCUAGCCAAUUCUUACAUCAAACCUCAGUGGAAAAGUUGCUAAGGUUGGUCCACGGGCUGUUAUUAGGUCAAACUGCAAACCAACUUCAUGAGAAACAGAAGGCUGAGUCUGGUGAUGCCUCAGUCUCAUAUCAGGAUGUGCUAUCACGCUGUGCGGGUUUGAAUCUUGGUGAAGGGAGUUCUCGUGCAUGAUGUUGUUGGAUGUGAAUUUGUAUUUGAUCAUGAACCUUAGUGAUUGCAUCAAAUGAAUAUAGAUAGAUAGAUGCUUUGACUCUUUGAACGACUUAUAUCAAGUGUCUUACCAUGUGGUUAUCAAGUGACUUAAGUUGAUAGGACUCAUUUUGUGGUGGCCUACUUGUUAUGAAAAACAAAGAAAUUGAAAUUGACCAACUACUGAUUUCCCAAAUGCAUCAUUAUUGAUAAUUUAUAAAAUUAUUUACAAAAUGUCAAACCCAAACUUACCAACUAUAGUUUAUUGUCACAAACUACCAUGUUACACAGCAAAAACACGAUUUCAAACCUAAAAAAACCUUCAACACACCAUACUUCAAAGGUAACUCACAAUACCUAUGACCAAAUCCCACUUCAAAUCGAGACACUAUUUGGAAUCCCACGACCCGUAAGCCCGAUUUCGCUACUCGGAUAAAGCAAAGUAUAAGGCAUUUUAGCGGGCCCAUUCCUAUUCUUCAAUUUCUCAUCCAAAUUCAGCUCCAAAAUCCUUCCUUCAAUCUCCCUCAAAUCCUCCCCAAAUUUCUCAAACGCAUCCAACACCACGUCAUCAUUUGUCCACUCGGGUGUAUCCCGUUGCCCUAAAAACACCUCAUCCGCCGAAUGCCUUGACAAAAUCUCAAUCAAUGAAAUCCCAAGCACACUUUGAAGCUGUGGUGUCACGGUUUUCAAAAACGCCUUCUCGGGGUCAGUCUUGAGCUCGUCAUAGUCAGCAGUCGCCGGUUCAGGUAAGAAUCGGCGACUCGUAGCGGGUCGGUUCGGGAGGUACCCUCCGUAAGGGUACUGGCCGAAGUUGACCGCUGCGUGUAAGGCGGAAGCAGUCCAUAUGAUGAUGGUGCAUGAUUGGAUGAGGUCAUCGCGGGUUUGCAUUGUGGGCCACCACGUUUCAUGUUUUUUGUCCCCGUGGCCCUUGGUUCGGACCUCGGUCCACCAUUGUUGAAGCUCGGCGUCGUGUUGUAUUUCAUUGUUUUUGUAGUAGAUGUUGAUGUAGUUUGUUACCCAUGAUUUUAUUGCGGACCAUACCUCGAGCCCAUCGACUGCAAACGGGUAGUCUUGGAUAAUGAGGCGGACCCCAUGGCGGGAGGAUGGGUCCUCUACGGCUAAUCC